GAGAUCCAUCAUGAUGAUGGAUCUCAUGUCAUAUAUAAAUCGAGGAAUUACCAUCCAUAGAGACUUCAGCUGGGCGCCCGUCCGUCUCUUACUUCCCCUUCGCGAUGUCGGUCGAGCAGGCUGAAAUGCACAACGACAAGAAAAGCGAGAGUUUCUGUGUGCAGGCUGAAACUCGGGACAUAUUCACCGAUGAUUCGUUGGACCCUGUGUAUCAGGCCAAAGCUAGGAUUCUUAAUGAUGCGUUGCAGGAGAUUGGAAUGGGAAAGUAUCAGUGGUACUUGUUCGUGGUAGCUGGAUUUGGCUGGCUGUCCGAUAACCUUUGGCCGAUUGUCACUGGUUUGAUAUUGACGCCAGUAGUGAACGAGUUUAACGUACUAGGUCCAUGGCUAAAACUCGCUCAAAAUAUCGGCUUGCUAGUGGGAGCUGCGUCUUGGAGCAUUGCUUCAGAUGUUUGGGGUCGGAGGUGGGCCUUCAACAUCACUCUGGGUAUGGCUGGUCUCUUCGCCAUCGCUGCUGGGGGAUCUAUGAACUACCUUGCGCUCUGUUCCCUGACCGCGGUGUGGUCAGUAGGCGUAGGUGGCAAUUUGCCUGUCGACUCCGCUGUCUUCUUAGAAUUUGUCCCCGCUUCUCACCAAUAUCUGUUGACGGUACUCUCCGUUUGGUGGGCCUUUGGACAACUGUUGGGUAGUCUGGUUGCAUGGCCCCUCAUUUCCGACUACUCUUGUCCCACCACUGUCCCCCCUUCUCCUUGUCCAAGAUCCUCGAACGAAGGAUGGCGGUAUUUCCUGUUCGCUAUGGGUGGGCUCAUGAUGUUCCUCUGGGUAAUCCGCUUUUUCUUUUUCGACCUAUACGAGAGUCCAAAAUACCUCAUGGGACGAGGUCGAGAUGAACAAGCAGUUGAGGUCGUCCACAAAGUCGCAGCAUACAAUGGAAAAACGAGCAACCUCACCCUCGAAGACCUCCAGAGGGCUGGAAAACUGGCUAACACUACGAUCGACGAUGGCGUUCGUAUGGACACAUCUGCUUUGGCUGCCGUGCAGAGGAAGAUGGGAAUGUUUAGCAAUAACCAUGUUAGAUCGUUAUUUGCCACUCGAAAGAUGGCUUGGUCGACUACUAUUUUGAUUAUUAUUUGGGGUAAUUCCGCAUCACGAGCCAAUUGCUUGAGUAUUGACCAAUGUCUUCGUGUUCCUUCAGCUUUCAUCGGUCUCGCGUUUCCGCUGUAUAACAGCUUUGUAACAUACUUCUUGGCCACCCGAGGGGCAAAUUUCGGCGACGGUUCCACAUAUAUCACAUAUCGCAACCAAGUUAUACUCAGCGUGAUAGGCGUUCCUGGAGCACUGAUGGCAGGUUACUUCGUCGAGCUUCCGUAUCUCGGUAGGCGAGGCACCUUGGCGAUAUUCACCGUAUUGACAGGCGUAUUCAUACUGGCAUCCACCACCGCACGCACCUCCAAUGCGCUUCUUGGCUGGAAUUGUGGUUAUAGCUACACGAGCAACGUCAUGUAUGGCGUCUUAUAUGCCCUUUCACCCGAAUUGUUUCCUACCAAAGAUCGUGGAACUGGUAACGCGAUCGUGGCCACUGCAAAUAGGAUAUUUGGCAUCAUGGCCCCGAUCAUUGCUCUGUACGCGAACCUCACGACAUCUGUGCCAAUCUGGAUUUCGGGAGCUAUCUUCAUCGUUACUGGUUUUAUUGCUCUCUUGCUACCAUUUGAACCCCGUGGUCACGCAUCUUUGUAACUAGUCAGUCAUACACACCGGGGCGAACGGCUUCAUGUCUAGCUUGAUAUUGCACCCUCGUCAUUAACCU